AUGGGCCGGGGCCGGAUGCGCGGCUACCCGCCGGGAUUGACACGGUAUGGAGAGGAUGAUGCACGAGAUUACAUCGAGCUCGAUCGGGAGGAGCAUCGGUUCCAGGUCGAGUACAACGGACGCGGCUUCGAGCCGAGCUUUGCAGGUCUAAGCCAUCGGCUAUCGGGGGCCAUGAUGGGUCUCAUCACCGCUGCGCUGCGAAAUCUGUUUGAACCCGCGGCGCCUUUGCUUCCCCCGUUAUUGCCGCAUCCGCCAAUGCGGCCACCUUUCGGCUGGGGCCGGAGCAGGCGCAGGGAACACCUAUAUCGUCAAUCGUCGUGGUUUGAUCCGGAGUUUGGCAGCGCGAAUUUCAGGUCGAAUUACAGUGCCAGGUCGGAGCACCGCUACCAUCGAGAUAACGACGACGGAUAUAUUGACGUGGACAAUGAUUCGACGACAUUUUAUGACCCAUACGACAUGCCUCUGGGUCACCCGCGGGUUAGGUUCGCCUGA